UUUACUGGCAAAUCAGAAGAGGGGCCAAGGCUAUUAUUUUGUGUUGCCUUCCCACAAGGCUCCUUACCACAAAAUAUGGCUUAGACAGACCUUUUGUUCCUCCAGCUGGGGUAGGCUGUCUCAGAUGAUUUCACCAGGACAAGAACUUGCUGCCCUCUACAACUUGAACUUCUCAGACUUCCAAGGAGCAAGUUUUCUUGGUCACAAGAUAUAAAUUUAAAUAUGGGGAUUCUGAGCCACCUAUCAAUCCUCCUCUGGGCUGCUUUGGUCUUUUGUCAGUAUGAAGACUAUGAUUUUGAGGAUGAAUAUGGUGGGGAGCCAGAUCACCAACUUCCAUAUUAUUUUAACCCAAACAGCCAAGCUGAAGUUCCUCAUUUUCCUUUCCCAGUUGAGUGUGCCAAAGAAUGUUUCUGUCCACCAUCUUUUCCCUUAUCCAUGUACUGUGACCACCGGAAACUCAAGACAAUUCCAAACAUCCCCAGUCACGUCCAACAACUUUAUCUGCAAAACAACAACAUUGAAGCUGUGCCUGCAGGACCAUUCACCAACGUUACCUUCGUAAGGGAAAUUAACCUCAGCUACAACAAUAUUAAAUUCCAUAUGAUUGACCAUGGUGUUUUUGCCAAACUUUCACACUUAGUGCAACUUCAUCUACAACAUAAUGAAUUAGAAGAAUUUCCAUUCCCUCUGCCCAGCUCUCUAGAGAGGCUCCUCCUUGGUUUCAAUAAGAUUUCCCGCUUACCUGGAAAUGCAUUGGAAGGAUUGCCCAACAUGACCAUGCUUGACCUUUGCAAUAACUUACUUGAUGACUCAGUAUUGAAAGAAAAACCCUUUUCAAACAUGAAAAAUUUAAUGCAGCUCAACUUAUGCAACAACAAAUUACAGACAAUGCCUCCUGACCUGCCACCAUCACUUCGGCAUCUUUCUCUUGAAAAUAACUCCAUUUCUCAUAUUCCAGAAAACUAUUUCAACAGGCUUCCCCACAUCAUUGCUCUAAGAAUGUCCCACAAUAACCUGCAGAACAUCCCACACAACACCUUUAAUCUACCCAACCUUCUAGAACUUAAUCUUGGACAUAACAAACUGAAGCAAGUGUUCUAUAUUCCAAGAAGUUUGCAGCAUUUGUACAUUGAAAAUAAUGAAAUUGAAAACAUCAAUGUUACUGUGAUGUGCCCAACCCUGGACCCACUGAACAUCAAGCAGUUAACCUACAUACGGGUGGACCAGAACAAGCUCACGAGCCCCAUCAGCACCUACGCCUUCUUCUGCUUCCCCCUCAUCAGAACCAUUUAUUAUGGAGAGCAAAAUGUCACAGUCAGCAGGCCAAGUGGGCUCAGAACACCGGUGUUCCGGCGGUUCCUAACACCAGAGGAAUUCCAGGAAGCAGAAGACAACCAAGAAACGCUCAAUCAAGAAACUGAAGAAGACAAUGAAGCAGAAGACAGAUAUUUUCACCCUUACUAUCACUGAAGUAAUUAUUGCUAAUGAGUAUAUACGGAAACUUUUCAUUAGUCUGGGUUAUUCAUAUCUAUCCUACAACAACAGAGCAGUUUGGGAUAUUCAAGAUGAAUCUAUAAAGUGGAGAUAGGAGUUCAAAGUAGGUAAAUGUCUUAUUAUUGGUGUAGUAAAAAACAAUACUAAGAACAAAGAGCACUCACCUAAGCAUUAGAUAAAGGUCUGACACAACCUGGUUUGAUGAUGGGCUCACCUUUGGGUGAGCAGCUGAAGUGAAAGAAAAUUGACCUGAAAAGCUUCUUUGUUCUUAAGUGACCCAACUGCAAAAUUGCUAAAAUACAGAUCAGUAUCAUAAUUCAAUAGGAACAAGUGAUUAAGGCCAAAAAUCCAUCCAGCUCUACAUCCUACUGCUGACAGCAGAAGGAAAGAGACAUGCUAGGAUGAGACUGAAAUUACAAAAUACUUCCUCAAGGUUCCUCUGCAUCUCCCAGAAAUACAGAUCUUCCAACUCCUAAUUGGAUGAGGACAUGACAAAUAUGGAGCUUCAAACCUUCCCCAUAUUAUGUUUCAAGUGUCCUGACAAGCUGUAUUAUAAUAUUAACUUUUUUGGCUGUCCUUUAACUACCACAAUCUUUCAAAGGAGAUUUCAGCUUAUUAUUAACACAGGAAAUAAACAAUCUUUCACCAAGCUGCUGGGAUCUAGGGAAAAGCAUGAGCAUUAACACAACCAAACCAUUAGCUUUUAUAUUUUCCCUAUGCUUCAGCCCAUGUUAUUUCAGAAGACACACAGAAAUGUAAUUAAUCUUUGCAUUUAGAAUUAUUCAUCAAGUAGAACAGGAAGAAUAGCAUUGCAGUUUUUUUUAAACUAUUAAUUUAGACUAUCCCUCUGCAGAGCUAAUACCAAUUAGCUGCAUUCUGCUUCAAAGUGAAUCAACAUUGCUUUAAGUAACUUGAAGAAAACUUUGAGCUAUGCAAUUUUUUUGUUAUAUUUUGUACCUAGAAACAGAUGCAGAUAACUACAGGGGAAGAUAACACUACAGAGCACUUUACUGCCUUUUUUAAAAUCACUUCUUUAUUUUUCAGCACUUUUUCCCUGAUAGAGCUUUACUAGCUAAGGAAACAAAGUCCCUGUUUUCAACAGCAAAAUGAAAUGUUUGCAAGUCAUAAAUCCAUACAUCAUACUACCAACAUUGCUUAAUUUUAUGUAGUCUUUUUAGUCAUCCUGCACUUUAAGUACAAUGUAAUCAGAUUUCUAUUAGAAUUUGAGAAAUUAGGUAGGUUUCAUUUUUUCUCUUAGAAUUUCAGUUAUUUUUUAAGGCCCAUUUUCAUAUUUAUGUUUUCUGAUGUAUCAACUGAAUUAUUAAGAAAAUGAAAAUACUUAAUGACUUCUUUUUAAGAGAAAGAUUUAUUGUAAAACUAUGAAUAUAAACUCUAAGAAUAUAUGUAGUCUUUAAGGACAACUGGUUUUAAGAAUUUGUGGGUAUAAAAUUUAUUCUAUUAUUAUUAAUUUAUGGAUCUUUAGCCAACUAACUUGAGAAAUCUGCUUCUCUCUCCUUCUUUUUCUUAUUUGCAUUCUGAACAGAUCCAGUAUCCAUAGUAAACUAUUUUAUGGUCACCCCACAAAUUCACAGCGCUACAGAAUUUUUCUGCAUUUAAAAAAAAAACAUGUAUUAACAUUUAUCACCUGCAAGCACCUCUGGGUUUCUGAAUAAGGAACACAUGCAUGUAUUCAUUUCUUCAUUUAAGUACUCAAUAUCAUUUAUGUACAGUAUAUACAAGAAUUUAGAUAUAUCUAUAACUUUAUUGCUUUAUUAAUAUAUACAUGUAGUAUAUUAACCUUUGGGAACCUUUCAGCUAUUUCAGAUUUUAAGUGAAUGGUGCACAAAACACAAACCUAAAAUAAGAGGCUUUUUUGAAAGGCUUGCUCAGCUUUAAAAAUAAAAGAACACUAUCCUGCCAUAGUAUGAAUAUUACAUAUUUUAUCACAAACUUUCUGCUUUUUAAAGACAUUUAUGAAGCAAACCUUAGCUUUAGUUUUAAUACAGAAGUAAAAAUAUUGAUGUUAUAUGCCAAACUGGAAAUUUAUGAAAACUUCAGAGUUGUCUUACUGCACUUGAUUCAUUCAGGUGGAACAUGAAAUUUGUAUUACAAGCAGAACCAUUAUAAUUUACUUUUCUUUCAAUUAAUAUUAUCAUGUAAUCAGUAGCACACAGGACAGUUAGCACAGAAAGGCUUUUACAGUGGACAGGGAAGUAAAGACAGCCUUAGAGAAAUGAGAAUUUAUAAUAAAGUACUGGAUUAAUGGGCAUCUAGCUGAGUGCAAUUUACUCUGGUACACAGGGGAUGCCUUCUGUAAAAGUAAUUGUUUUUGCCUUGUGAAUAUGUUGGAGUUCUCUGAGGGAAUAAUGAAGGAUGUGGAAAAGGGAGAUACUGAUCCAAACAGCCUACAAAAAUUCCUAAAGGUUCUUAAGGAAAUUAAGUUGCCACAGAUUAAAAGGCAACAUCAUGAACAAAAUUCAAAUAAAAUAUGAGAAAGAGCCUAAGAAUAAAUGGUCAAUUCUUACUGCGGAGAGGAUCCCACUCAUGGGAACUUCUCAAAGGGUCUGGGCUAGAAUUUAUUCCAUUUAAAAUGCUAGCAAGAGAUAGACAAACCAGGCUGAGAAGUGAGAUGCCAACAGUGACUGCUAAGUGUUGCUCAAGAAUGGCUGCAAAAGUCCUCAGGAUGCUCAACCAGCCAAUGGAGCUCAUCACUGUUAAAUCAGAAGUGAUGUCCAUGGAAAUGACGAUCUUAGUUCCACAUUAAAACUAACAAAGGAUGACCUCACCAACAUCACUCAGAGCAAGACUCAGGAGUAGCAGCUUCACUAGCAAUAGGUGUUCAGUGAAAACACUGGCUCAGAGCCCAGGAGUCAUAAAAAGGAAACUCAAAUGUAGAGAGUAACUAGAGACAAAUGGAAAAUUAGAGACAUCAAGACACUGCCAUAAAUCUAUGGCUCACUGAGACGUUAAAUGCAGUAUUGAUUUCCAAAGCCUCAGAUAGUUGGUGCAAUUACAUAGGGCAUGAUUGGAAAAGGAUUAGAUAAAGGUCACCAAAGGUUAGGAUUGGCUUCUAUAAAAACAACGUGGAAUGCACCAAGUCUCAGCAAAGAAGUGGCUGAGGGGGGAUACAGAGAUACCCACAACAUGGUGAGUUGUAUUGACAGCAAGGCUCUAGGGAUCCCCUGCUUCAGUACAAGGGAAGGAUCCAUCAAAGGAAGCUCACAUGUCCCACGUACCUGAGGACACAGAGGAUGUAGCAGCAAUUUUAGACAUUGUGUUGAGAAAAGACUGUAAUAGUAAUUGAGUUCCUUGGAAAAGCUGCAUUAAAGGCUGCUAAACGAAACACAGUAGGUAUAAAAGUGCUGAAAAUGGCUGGAGAAGGAGGAACAUUUGAAGACAGGCUGGAGACAAGGGUCAUACAUGAUUGUUCUAUUCUCUGUCUUCCCAAAGCAUCUUUUAUGGGCAUUGCUGGACACAGGAUAUUGUACACUAACCUUUAUUGUUAAUUCCACUCAGAGUUCUGUGUUCUCACUAUCCUGACCCAUGGUAACAUGCUGGUACUGCUCCUCACUUCUACUGCCUUCAUACAGUGUAAAACGUAUUUCCUUCAUGUUUGCUCUGGUACUUAUUUCAGAUUAUACAGUGUUUUUAAAGGAGGAAAUAGGUUCAUAAACUAAGAACUAAAUAUGCUACUGAUUUCAUCAGUAACAGCAAAACCUAACAAUCAAAUAGCUUAAUGAGUUUGUUUACAGCACAAUCAGAAAAUACAGAAACAAAGCCUGAUCUAGGUUUUAACUCUGAGCAAUUCAGGUAAAGCACCAGCCACAAGAAGUUUUUAUAAAAAUCUAAAGAAAGAGAAAUAACAGUAGUUCAAUCCAACUGUCUGUAUUUCUUCCUUUAGCCCAAAAAAGUGGGAAUAUAUUUUGUUUUUUCCAAUAAAUAUUUUUUUACACUUUG